AAAGCUUUCGUCCCUCUAACAGGAAGAGAGACAGAGAGAGUGCAGAGAGAGUGAGAAAGAUAUAUAUAUAUAUAUGCAGAGAGGAAUAGCGUGCACAAAUAAGAAACAUGAAGGAAAAGACUAUUAGCUGAAGGACUAAUUGAAUCUUGCCCGAUGAGUCCUUGUCCUGUGUAAGAGCCGGUGCAGAUCUCCAGUCCAUGAGUGUUGCCAGGGCUGAGGACCAGGAUGUUGUCUCAACCAUGGUACCACGGUAAUAUUACCCGCUCCACCGCUGAGGAUCUGCUCUCAAAAGCGGCCAGAGAUGGGAGCUUCCUCCUACGAGACAGCGAGUCCAUACAGGGAGCAUAUGCCCUCUGUGUUCUGUACCAGAACUGUGUAUAUACAUACAGGAUACUACCCAAUGAAGAACGGAAACUGUCAGUCCAGGCCUCCGAGGGAGUCCCUAUUCGGUUCUUCGUGGUGCUAGCUGACCUGGUGGAGGCGUACUACAGCCCCAACAUGGGUCUAGUUACACACCUGCAGUUCCCUGUCCAGAAAGAGGAGGAGCCAGAGGAAGAGCCAGAUCCCGUCACAUAUCCUCCUCAGCUUCCCCCCAGGAACUUCUCUGCAGUGCUGCCGGCAAAUGACAGCAAAGAGAGUCAUGUAGGGGAGAGCAGAUAUCCAGAGCAGGCUUGUGCUUCCCUAACAGAAACCUACCUACAGAGGCUGCAGCACGUCGACAUGACUAAUCUGCCAGAAGAGCAUCAGAAAUCCAUCCAGGACUACUUCCUCAACUCCCUUUGUAUUGACGCCGAGCAAGUGCAGAACGGGAAUCCUAAUCUUCCCCAUCUGAAGAAGCUUAUCAUGGGGAUCUGCAAACAUCUCAACAGUGAGAUCUCACGGACCCUACCCACCCUGGAGGCCUUUCAGAGGACACUGGACCAACAGCUGUCCCCAGGGAUCGGAAGGCUCAGGAGUCAGGUGUCAGCAGAUUCAGGUCAGUCUAUAUCCUUUAGACUGGAACAACUGACCAAGCUGCUUUACUCUAUUGAGGAGAAGGCCAAAACUGCUGUGUUUGAGUCAGUUGGGUACGACGCAGGCCACCGAAGAUCUCUAAUACCACCAAUUACAUUUGAAGUCAAAAGUGAGUCACUUGGUCUCACAACCAAGAUGUUCCUCAAAGUGGAUGUUGAAAGUGGGAAGAUCUUCUUUAAGAAAUCCAAAGAUGGGCCAGAAGACAAAUUCUUUGUACACAAUAAAAUCCUGCAGCUGGUAAAGUCCCAGAAGGUUGGAAAGCUGGUGAUCGUUGUGGAGACGGAGAAGGAGAAGACUAUCAGGAAAGAGUUCAUCUUUGACGAUACAAAGAAAAGAGAAGGAUUUUGCCAACUCCUUCAGCAGAUGAAGAAUAAGCACUCGGACAAACCUGAACCAGACAUGAUCACAGUGUUUGUUGGCACCUGGAAUAUGGGUAACGCCAGUCCCCCCCACCAAAUUGCUUCCUGGUUCCAGUGUAAGGGUCAGGGGAAGACGAGGGACGAUACGACCAAUCACAUCCCUCAUGACAUCUAUGUGAUAGGGACACAGGAAGACCCCCUGGGAGAGAAGGAGUGGAUGGACACACUGAAGAACGCCCUGAGAGGAACAACCAACAUCAGCUUCAAACAGAUUGCCAUUCAGACCCUUUGGAAUAUACGGAUUGUUGUGCUAGCCAAGCCAGAGCACGAAAACAGAAUAUCACACAUAUUUUCGGACAGCGUUAAGACAGGGAUCGCCAAUGCACUGGGAAACAAGGGGGCUGUGGGCGUGUCCUUCAUGUUUAACGGAACUUCAUUUGGCUUUGUAAACAGUCACCUGACCUCAGGCAGUGAGAAAAAGAUCAGACGCAACCAGAAUUAUGUCAGCAUCCUACGCUUCCUGAAUCUUGGAGAUAAGAAACUGAAUCCUUUCGACAUCACGCAUCGAUUCACCCAUCUGUUCUGGCUUGGUGAUCUGAAUUACCGAAUUGACAUGCCUUCCACAGAAGCGGAGAACAUUGUGACCAAGAUCAAACAGCAGCAGUACCAGGAACUACUGUGCCGGGACCAGCUCACCAUGGAGAGAGGAGAGGGCAAGGUCUUCCUGCACUACGACGAGGAAGAUAUCACAUUUGCGCCCACAUAUCGCUUUGAGAGAGACACGCGGGAGAGAUAUGCCUACACCAAGGCCAAAGCAACAGGGACCAAGUAUAACCUGCCGUCCUGGUGUGAUCGUGUCCUGAGGAAGUCCUAUCCCCUGGCCCAUGUCUCCUGCCAGUCCUACGGGUGCACCAACGACAUAAUGUCCAGCGACCACUCUCCAGUAUUCGCUACAUUUGAAGUCGGCGUGGCAUCCCAGUUUGUCUCCAAGCAGGAUCCCAACAGUGUAUCUCAGGGAGGCAUCAAGUUCAUGAACUGCAUCGCCACCCUCAUGACAAAAUCCAAGACCAAGUUCUUCAUCGAAUACCACUCCACUUGCUUAGAGAAGUUUGUCAAGAGCUCUGAAGGAGAGAACCAAGAACACUCUGACGGGAGUAUCAAGGUUCGGUUUGGAAAUCAAGUUGAGCUCAUUCCAAUCAUCUCAGAUCCAGAGUACCUGCUGGAUCAGCACAUUCUCCUUUGCAUCAAGUCCACAGACUGUGAUGAAUCUUACGGAGAGGGCUGUGUGGCUCUGAGGGCGGCGGAGAACUCCUACACCGAGUUCCAGGUCGCACUGACACACCACGGAGAGCAGACAGGUUCGCUGACGGGAGGCAUACAGCUACGGACCUCUGAGGGCAAACAGACAGAGAAGUUGUAUGAUUUUAUCCAAGUUGAAAAAGAUGAUUCUGGGGCCCAAAAAGGAAAAGCUCUCGAUCAAAUCAACAAGUUUGGUUUGACCAAUGCCUCCGACAUCACCAACCCUAAUUACAUGGGGGUUGGCUACAAGUCUGGGUGUGUGACAGACAAGGGCUGGAGCUACAGUAUGCCCCCAAGAUCGAGCUCUGGAGGUGGUGGCGGUGCAGCUGGGCACAUGGGAAAAGACCAGACCCAUGGAAACAUGUCUCCCAAAAGGUCUGGCUACGACGGUAACUCUGUUCGAAGCCCCACAGGGAAGACGUCGGACAAUGUAGGUGAGGAUGGAAAGCCCACGGAGAUGUUUGACAACCCUCUCUAUGGCUCCAUGGGAAAACCAGCAGGAGGCCGGGGAGCAGGAGCAACCGGUGUAGGAGGAGCCGGUGCAGGAGGAGGAGCUAAGGACCACCUGACACCUCCAGAUCCCAUCUUUUCCUUCUCCAAACCCUGUGAUCCGGAUUCUGAGCGCCCCCCGGUCCCCACGCCGCGCAACCGCUCCUACACCUGCUCUGAGACCAAGCCCCAGGCCCCGGCCUCCACCGGCACGGCCGCCUCCCUCCACCAGCAGUCCUACACCAAGAACCCUGUGAAGCCCUCACGCUCCGAGGGGGGCACGGUACUAAUGGCCAACAGGCCGCCUCUGCCCUUUAAGUCCCGCCCUGGCCAGGUGGACGCCACGCCCACUAAGCCGCGAGACUACAGAGACACCGCGGAGCUGCCCAGCAAACCCCGCCCGCCUAGGCCCAUCCAGCCCCUCCCCAAGGAAGCGCCUCGUGAGUCAAAUCAGAACACGAAGAUGGGCCGUUCAGUGAAAUGACGUCAUGUAUCUGCCUUUCUGCUUUGGCUGAAAAAGCCUCUCCCAUCAUGUAGAAUCACAAUGGCAGAUCCCCCCAAUGUCUCAGCACAGCCCAGACCCUGCUUUGCUACGCUUCCUCACUGAAAAUAAGUUUAUGUACAAAAAUGUUCUUGGGCCGAGGGCUGUAUUACUGACUAAUAUAGCUAUUGCUUAAUUUUAGCAUUUUAGCAAUAAUUUCUAUCUCAUUGCUCCUUUCUGUCUCAUAUAGGGGAUUUGUGGACAAAUCCUGUUUGUUGUUUUACAAACACAGUCCAUUGGAAGACCACUUUAGAUCAUGAGAAUUACUUGUACAACAAUGUGAAUGUCUUCUCUGUUUGAGCCUCAAAUCAUUGCAAUUGAAAUAAAGGGAAUUAGAUUAUU